AUGGUCAGAAUACCGACAGAAGAGGGAAACACCUGCAAAGUGGAUCACAUGGCUACCAUUAUCAUCAUCAAGACUGUAAAAGAAGCCCUUGCCAUUCCUUCUUCGUCUGUUAAUUUGAUUCAUAAUCCCUGUGGUGUUGACUCUGACCUUCUAGUAAAUUUUUUAUGUUCAAACCAUUUUAUUGGUCAAGUAAGUUCUAAAUUGUUUGCUUAGUCAAUACCUCAAUUAACUUACUCUAUGUUUGAUCCAGUAACGGACCACCUUGAAACAAGCUCUAAAUCUUCAAUCUUUUUCUUCAUUCAAAGAUGUUUAUUUCGUUUAUUUUCUUAAGUUACCUUUAAAAAGUACAAACGAUUAUAAUGAUGCUUUUGGAGAUUGUAUUACAGACAUCAAUGGAAGAAUAUCUCUCAAACGAUGUGGUACUUAUCCCAGCUGGCUGGCCUGGUCAGCUUUUUUUCAAGGCAAAUAGUGUACCACAAAGCCAGACAAGCAACUUCAAUCAGCACUGUACCUCAGGGCUCUUCCCCUCAUCCGCUGUGCUCUGUCAUUCCCACUUUAGGGCCCUUGUAUGUAGACCUUAAUGCUGUGAGGAUAUUGUUUUAGUUUACACGUUUUUCAUGAGGCUUGUUUAUGACUCUCUUCUUCCAGGGAGGAAACUUGCAGACAAGCCAAAACCCUGGAGAAUUCUUUUAUUAGACUGAUUUUUCAAGAGUCAAGGAUGUUCAGUAUGGUGUUCUGUUAAAUUCAUUAGAUAACUGCAUUCCUCUGGCACAUUGCAGUUACAGUGUUUUGUUCAAGUUAAAUCGCUUUGAUGAUUAUUUCAGUUCAAUUUUCGGGCUUUGGGCCAUGUUUUUUGCUUCCACGGGAAAACUACAACAAAGCCGCUUUAUUCUGGCUCAGCAACAUUCUUUAUUAGAAGACCAAUGGCUGCAAAGGAUGUCUACAAUUUCUUUUGUAGCUAAGUGUAAUUGAUGAAUAUUUUGUUGAGUUUGUCCACAGCAUGGCAAGGAAAUCCACCAACCAAUCUGAUAAUGUUGAGCAACAGUGGCAGAUGUUUUCUCUCUUUGUUUCUGGGGAAAAGCAAGCAAACUUUAGGCCAGCCUUUACCCCUACCAACAAUUAUGUUUUUAAUUCCCUGCCAAUUGACACCUUCACAUUCAAAGGUUGUAUCAAUAAUCGUGGGCAUUCUAUUAAGGGCUCCUGGACAAAGAAAAGACCUCAGGAAAUUACCAGCCCCGUUUGGUGAUGCACCUGUUAAAAAGGAUUUCUUGCCCCUUGGGUUCCAGUUCUCCCCUUACCUGAACAGGGUCAUAGGUGUGAUCACUUGGAUUGCUCUGUGUCAGAUGGAAUGCCAUGGAAAAUCUCUGAGGGAUGUUGGCAUUCUUUUCAUUUACAAUCAAGCUAAAGCUGCCAUUGACACCUUUAUUCAGGAGCAUGAGCAGCACGCUUUCUUAAAUACAUGGGUGUCUUAG